UUCAGAUGAUUUCCUUGAUCAUCAGCGCUGAUUUUAAAAACAUGUGAUCGUCUGAUGUCUUCAAAGAAUGCUAUAUACUAGCGAGCCGACGAUUCACAAUGAAACAGAAUUUCGAGGCGCGUGUGAGCACUCGGAGUGCGUCGGGAGCUUGUCGCACACUCCCAACACCUCCAUGCCCUUCAACUACACUGACGCACAUCAUGGAAUGGUGUGCAUGUUUGAGACAACGGCCGAGGACUUCAUGGGAUCGUCUCUUUUCCAAAUGUGUGUGCUUUUUAUGUACAGUGCCGUGUUUGUGGUUGCCCUCGUGGGCAACGGGCUAGUGUGUUUCGUGGUACAAACGUCGCCGCGCAUGAAGACGGUGACGAACUACUUUAUAGUGAAUUUAGCGGUGGGGGAUAUUCUAAUGACGCUGUUCUGUGUGCCGUUCUCGUUCGUGUCGAUGCUAGUUUUGCGCUACUGGCCCUUCGGCGCCGUCAUGUGCAAGGUUGUGAACUACUCGCAGGCCGUGUCAGUGCUCGUGUCCGCGUACACGCUGCUCGCUAUCUCCAUCGACCGCUACAUGGCUAUCAUGCGACCUUUGAAGCCCAGGCUUGGAAAGGCCACUGCCAAACUUGUAGUAGCUGGCGUGUGGUGCGGUGCAUUAGCUACCGCUGCCCCUAUACCGAUCGUGUCUAAUUUGCAACGUCCUUCGCUUUGGCAUGAAGCGUGCGAAAUUGACGUCUGCGGCGAGCUUUGGGCGAGCGCGGAGCAGAGUUCGCAGUACACGUGCGCUCUGCUUGGGCUGCAGUUCGCGCUGCCGCUGUGCGCGCUCGUGUGCACGUACACGCGCAUCGCGCACGCCGUGUGGGGCGGCCGCCCGCCCGGCGAGGCGCAGAGCGCGCGCGAUACGCGUAUGCAGCGCUCCAAGCGCAAGAUGAUCAAAAUGAUGGUAACAGUGGUCGCUGUGUUUACGAUUUCCUGGUUGCCACUCAACGUUUUUAUUGUGUUAUGGACGACGCAUGAGAGCGACUUGGAGUGGGGUACGUGGCCGGGCAUGCCGUACGUGUGGUUUGCGAGCCACUGGCUGGCCAUGAGCCACUCAUGCUACAACCCCAUCAUCUACUGUUACAUGAACGCGCGCUACCGCCGCGGGUUCAAACAGGUACUCGGCGGCUUGCUGUGUCUCAAGCCCACCGAGGCCCGCUCCUGUCAUCGGUCCAGCGUCUGCGAGGGCGUUCCAAUGUCAGAAAUGGUGGGCCUAAACUGCUCUUCGGCCCGGCGCGGCGUGGCCGGUUGCCGGUGCCGUCCCCGAAACGGCGUUCUUGGCAGCUCAAAAUGCAAGUGCAACUCCCUGGAGCUAAAAGUGUGUCCAACUGCGCCAAGACCCCCAGCGGCGCCGGCGCGCGCCCUCUCGGUCCGUUCCAAUUAUUUCACCUAG